UUCUCGCCUUUCGCCACCACCACCACCAACUCGAUCGAUUCUUUCCACGGUUUCCAUACUACACGAAUGGAUCGCCACGUCUUGCAGGGCGGCGGCGCCGCCGCCGUGCCGGUGCCGGAUCAGUCCAGCUACGGCGGCGGCGGCGCCGGUGGUCAUCAGGCGGAUGUGGUCGUCGUCGACGGGGCGUUCCUGAUGGAGCUGCUCGACGACACGCCGGCGGCGGCUGUGGCGGCGGAGCAGCAGCCGGAAGGCGACGACGCCGACGACCGGCUGAGCCGCGUCAUGCGGUCCCUCGAGGCCGAGCUCGGCGGCGCCGGGGCUGCCCCGGCGCCGACGUCGGCGCCGCCGUUGGGGUCCUCCUCCGGCGACGGCGGCUCGCCGGCGAGCGGCGACGGCGGCAGGCUGGAUCAGCUGGAUGACGUGCUGUCGCUGUCCGACUUCGACGGUGGUGGCAGCAGCCGGCCGGGCUCGUGCUCGGCGCCGCCGUUCGAGUACUGGGCGCGGGCGGAGUUGCCGCCGGCGAUGGGGCACGACAUGGGCGGCGGCUGGUGCGUCGACGGCGACGGCGACGGCCUCGCCGCCGCCGUGGCAGGGUACGAGUUCGUCAGAGAGCCGUGCUACUACACUUACGGCUACGGUUACAACGAGAGCUCACAUGUCGAGCAGCCGUACAGCCCACUUUGGGAAUAAUUGACAAAUUAAAUAAAAUUUAGGAAAAGAGGCAAGAAAAAAAAAAGAUAUGCAAUCAUGGACUAAAUGAGGGCAGAUAUAUCUUCAGGGUUUCUUCGGAUCGUAGGAACUUUAGAAGAAAAUUGGAGGAUCCAAUUCCUACAGGAUUUAAGUAUUGUUCACUCAAUUCGGUUUGGAGGAAUUGGGCAUGUGAAAAUUGGAAGAUUUUUUUUCCUUCACCUAUGAUUUCAUAAGAAUUUCAUAGGAAACUGAACAUUCACUGGGUCCUCUUUUUCAUUUUCCUUUGCCAAGACAAAUCCUCAAUUACAUUGAUGAACUGUGCAAUAAUUUUUUACUCGCUACUAAACUUCAGAGGGGAAAAGAUAAGAGAGAA